CUGCGCAUCUGUACAGGCAACUAGAGAGGAGAGGGAUUAGGAGAGAGACCAACAGGACAAGACAAGAUGAAGACCGCGGCAGCAGUAAUGGACGAAUCGACAUUGGGAUGGAAAAAGGAGGACGAGAGGACAACACCGAGGAAGACCGAUGAGGCAUGAAAGAGAAGGCUCAGCAGACGUGCUGUAUCGCCCCAACAUGGAGGCGUAGCGACAGUAGCAUGCUUUAGAAGAGAUCAUUUCAUUGUAGCCUAGCAGCAGCAGCAGCAGCAGCAUCCGUCCAUCCAACCUGAGCGGAGAGGAGGAGAGAUGGUCUCCCAGGUUGUGCAGACCCUGCGUCAGGGAGUCUGGGCAUCUGUGACCGGGGGCUGGUACCACGACCCGGACCAGAACAAAUUCAACAACUCCUGCCACCUCUAUCUGUGGAUAUUUCUCCUGAUGUUGCCCCUGUCUCUCCAUCUGGCCCUACCCCCUACCACCAUGGCUUUAAGCAUCUACUGCACCUCCAUCACCGUCUUCUUCAUCCUCAUCAAGCUGGCCAACUAUCGGCUGCACCUGAUGUUCGACGAGGGCGAGGCGGUGGUCCGCAGCAGCCUCUCUGACCUCAGCAAAGCUCCGGAGAAGAAAAGUAAUGCCUCAGACUCCUGCCUGCCUGCCAGUAUCAGAAAGAGCAGUACAGUUCCUGACGGUGUUGCCAUGACGAUGUUGGCUCGGAAACGUACCAGUCCGGUGAUCCAGGUGACAGUGAAACAGACUGAAACCGACCCGGGACUGAUUGGGGUGGAUUGUUCAAAGUCAGAUGAAGGAAAGACUGUGGAAGGUGAUGCUGAUCUUUCUCUGGGUUUGACUGAGAUACAGAUGGGACAGAGUGAGAGCGCUGCAGAUGAGAGGCCUGUGGAGGGAGGCCUGCAUCCGAGCCCUUCUCCAGAUGACCUCUCCAGCCCCAAUCCAGACCAGGCCGCCCCCCUGCUGCAGGCCCAGCAGAGGCCCCCGUCCCGAGCUGAAAGGGAAGAGAUGCGGCCUGGAUCUGCGAUGGGGACAGGGAAGAUGGAUGCGGAAAUAAUUGAAACUGUGGCUGUGAAAGAAGAAAUGGACAUUCAGAGGUCUUUGACGGGAACUGACAGAGAGCAGGAAAGAACAACAGAGAACGACUCAGAGCAGGACAAAACAAUAGAGAAAGACUCAGAGCAGGACAGAAAAGAAGACUGUGAGCAUAAAGAGACUGCAGACAGGGAAACAGCUGAUGAAGGUUUGCCUCCCUCCAAGGGAAGUGAAGAUGAGAGUGAGGAGGAGAGUGAGGGGCAAAAAGAGCCCCCAGAUGCCAACAAUAACUCACUGGAGACUCCCCAGGACCGCCAGGAUGAUUCCAUCGACAUCCCAGAACUUCCUGCACAGAUAGGCCUCACAGAUAUAGAAACAGGAGCUGAGCCAAUGGAGGAGACAUACUGCUCAGAUGAGAUUGAAGUAGUUCUGGUAGACACCUCUGGUCCCGGGCCAGUGUCAGCUCACCUGGAGGACAGUGACACAGUCAAGAUCAUCAUCACUAUGAGCUGUGACCCUCAGACUGCUGCUCAACUGGAGGAGAAUGUCAAGCAGAGCCUUCUGGAGAAUGCACAGGCUCAGAAGGAUGCAGGAGAGUGUCACAUCAAGAUCCCUGUCAUCACCUUUGACUCCCCGGAGAAGGAGAAGCAGGAGGCGGAGGAGGGAGAAGGAGCAACUGGAUCGGAGGACGACCUCACCCCGAAACAGCAACAGACAGCAAGCCAAAGUGAAGAGUUUCACCUGUGUAGAGAAACAACCACUUCUGAGUCCACCACACUGGAGUGUCCAGAUCCAGACCAGGAACAUCUUGGUCUGCAGCUGACUGAUGACAGCACACCGAGCCAGCAGCUGACAAAUGAUAACAGCUCAUCAGGUAUCGAUGUCCACUCCCACCACGAUGACACAGAUCCUCUGGAUCCUAACGUGGAUUCACAGGGUUUCCUGCGUCUGCCGCCAGCUUUGGGCCGCUACGGGCCCGGGGGAAGGACUCACAUCCGUGGGCUGAGCAUGGACAGUGGGAAAGAUGCCGUGCUGCUUUCAGACCGCUCACAUAACACAAACACCAUGACCAGUUCCAAGUCAGAUCUGGAAGCGAAGGAGGGCCAGAUUCCCAACGAAACCAACUUCUUGGAGUUUGUUUCCUUGUUGGGGUCCCUCAGUACCAGAGGGGGAGGUGCCAGCACACAGGAAGAUGAGGGGCCAGAACGCAAAGAGGACAUGGGAGCUCCAGAGGAAGAGCAUCUGAGUAUGACUUCCAGACAAGAUGAGACGAUAACAGAGACCAACACGGACGACAAACCAGAGAGACCCAAACCACCAACCAGUCUGCUUACCAACACACUACAGGCUAUAACACCCACACAAAUCCCAAUAGUCUCUCCUGACAGUCCACAGACAGACAGAGAGAAGGAUCCAGACUAUGAUUCCCUGCCUUCGCAAACCUCUCAGUCAGAGAGCUCCAUGUUGCAGGUCAUCUGCAGACCAGAGGCUACCAACAAAGAAGACGCCUACACCUUCCAUACUGUACACAGAGACAGGCCUCGUAAGCUGUAUGCAGAGAGAGCUCUUAACCUGCCGCUAGGAGCCGAGCUCAUCACUGGCAAUAUGUGUGACCUACUGUCAACUUCUUCCAACUCAGAGUGCCAGGACGGCAUGGGGGGCAGUCACACUGACUGCCCAUUCCAGCGACGCAUCAUCCCUGCACACAGGCUUCGGCCACGAAGGACACACCCUGAGAUAUUCCAGGAAGAGGACUCUUUGGAUGAGUCCUCAGAGACGUCCACUCAGGAGAAACCGACCAGGAAGAUUUAUUACAAACUCAAACUGUUGCCUGGGAAGUGGAUCAACAUUUUAUAUGACCGACUCACGCUGCUUGCCCUUUUGGACAGAAACCAGGACAUUCUGGAGAAUCUAGUUGCAGUCUUCAUGGCCUUUCUGGUUUCUUUCCUGGGUUUUUUGCUCCUCAACCACGGCUGCUUCAAAGACUUCUGGGUCUUCCAGUUCUGCCUGGUUAUUGCCAGCUGCCAGUAUUCCCUACUGAAAAGCGUUCAACCAGAUGCAGCUUCACCAACACAUGGUCACAACCAGCUGGUGGCCUACAGCCGAGCAGCCUACUUCUGCAUCUUCUGUGCUCUGAUCUGGCUGCUGGAGCAACUGCUGAGGAGGAAAGACCUGCCUGUCUCCACCCUGUACGGAGUCACCAUCAUCUGCCAUGAUGCACUGGGCUUCUUACGUGACCUGCUAAUGGGUUUUACCUACUGCUUCCCAAUCACCUUCCUAGUGGGCCUUUUCCCUCAGAUCAACACCUUCACCAUCUACCUGCUGGAGCAGAUAGACAUGCACUUUUUUGGAGGGACAGCUGCUACGAGUCUCAUCUCUGCAGUCUACAGCAUCCUACGCAGUCUGAUCGCUCUGUCUCUGCUCUACGGUUUCUGCUUCGGAGCUCUCAAGGAGCCGUGGGAUGAGCAGCACACCCCAGCUCUGUUCUCUGGUUUCUGUGGCCUUUUGGUGGUCUUUUCCUACCACCUCAGCCGGCAGAGCAGCGACCCCACCGUACUACUAUCUCUGGUCAAGUCAAAGAUAAUGCCCACAUUAGUGGAGAGUGAGGAAGAGGAGGAGGAGGAAGAUACGGAAAGUAAAGACCCACUGCCAGAGAAACUGCAGAACUCUAUGAAGGAGAUUCUGCUGUCAGAUGUAGUCGUGUGCUCUGUUGCCUACAUCCUAACCUUCGCCAUCACUGCGAGUACUGUGUUUCUGUCUCUCAAGCCCUUUGUGACCAUCGUGCUGUAUGCUCUGGCGGGGACGGUGGGGUUUGUAACCCACUAUCUGAUCCCCCAGCUGAGGAAGCAUCACCCUUGGUUGUGGAUUUCUCAUCCGGUUCUCAAGACCAAGGAGUACCACCAGUUUGAACCCAGAGAGGACGCUGUGCUGAUGUGGUUUGAGCGACUGUACGUGGGGCUCCUGUGCUUUGAGAAGUACGUGGUGUUCCCCGCCAUCGUGCUGAGCGCCCUCACUAAUGAUGGCUUCGCCCUCAGUCACCGCAAGAAGCUUGGAAUCCACUGUGACGUUCUCCUGACGACAGUCGCUGGACUGAAACUCCUGCGUUCAUCCUUCUGUGACCCCAGCUUCCAAUUCCUUACCCUGCUCUUCACACUCGUCUUUUUCCACUUUGACUGUCCACACGCCUCUGAGAGCUUUUUGCUGGAUUUCUUCAUUAUGUCUAUUCUUUUUCACAAGAUGCGUGAGCUGUUGCUGAAGCUCCAUUUCAUUCUGGUUUACAUCGCUCCCUGGCAGAUCGCCUGGGGCAGCGCUUUCCAUGCCUUUGCUCAGCCGUUUGCUGUGCCUCACUCAGCUAUGCUGCUGCUCCAGACUCUGCUCACCACCGUUUUCUACACCCCACUGGCUCCCUUCCUGGGAAGUGCCAUCUUCAUUUCCUCCUAUCCGCGGCCCAUUAAGUUCUGGGAGCGAAACUACAACACAAAGCGUAUUGACAACUCUAACAGCAGACUGGUGUCCCAAGUGGAUAAAGAGACAGGGUGUGAUGAUAGCAACCUAAACUCCAUCUUUUACGAGUACCUGACUCGCUCGCUGCAGCACUCCCUUUGUGGCGACCUUAUGCUGGGCCGAUGGGGCAACUACAGCGCCGGAGACUGUUUCAUUCUGGCUUCUGACUACCUCAAUGCCCUGGUCCACCUUAUCGAGAUUGGCAACGGGUUGGUCACUUUCCAGCUGAGGGGUCUGGAGUUCAGAGGUACAUACUGCCAGCAGAGAGAGGUGGAGGCCAUCACAGAGGGCGUGGAGGAAGACGAUGCGUGCUGCUGCUGCGAGCCAGGUCACUUGCCCCACCUGCUGUCGUGCAAUGCGGCCUUCAACCUACGCUGGCUGGCCUGGGAGGUGACAGCCACCAAGUACCUGCUGGAGGGUUAUAGCAUCAGUGAGAACAAUGCCGCCACGAUGCUACAAGUGUACGAUCUCCGAAAACUACUCAUCACCUACUACCUGAAGAGUAUUAUCUACUACCUGGUCCACUCUCCCAAAUUGUCCACCUGGCUCAAAGAUGCCACUGUCCAGGAGGCGCUGCUGUCCUACACUAAGUGGCACCACAUUGAACGCGACCCUCAGGUCUUUAGUGUGAAGAUCGAUGAAGACUACGUGCACUGCCUGCAGGGGGUGACGCGUGCCAGCUUCUGCAACGUCUACCUGGAGUGGAUCCAGCACUGUGCUGGGAAGAUGGAGACGCCUGUGGACAGUGAUGAAGACUCACCUUUGGUGACUCUGUCUUACGCUCUCUCUGUCCUGGGGAGGAGAUCCCUCGGAACGGCAUCACACAACAUGUCCAAUAGUCUGGAAUCAUUUCUGUACGGUUUCAACACCCUGUUUAAAGGCGACUUCCGCAUCGCCACCAAAGACGAGUGGGUUUUUGCUGAUCUCGACCUCCUGCAGAAGGUGGUGGCUCCUGCUGUCAGAAUGAGCCUCAAACUGCAUCAGGAUCACUUCACCUGUCUGGAGGAGACGGAGGAGGCCUCUAUCUUGUACGAAGCCAUCACAAACUACCGCAGCAGCCUGGUCAUCUGCCACGAGAGCGACCCCGCUUGGCGUAAGGCGGUGCUAUCCAGCCGCGAAACGCUGCUCACACUGAGACACAUGAUCGAUGACGGCACGGACGAGUAUAAGAUCAUCAUGCUGUACAAACGCCACCUCAGCUUCAAGGUCAUCAAGAUCAAUAAGGAGUGUGUGCGAGGUCUGUGGGCAGGCCAGCAACAGGAGUUGGUGUUUUUACGGAACCGAAACCCAGAACGCGGCAGCAUCCAGAACUCGAAGCAGGCGCUGAGGAACAUGGUGAACUCAUCCUGCGACCAGCCGCUGGGCUACCCCAUGUAUGUGUCACCACUAACUACAUCGUACGCAGGAACACAUCGUACGCUCCGCAGCAUCGGAGGAGGCGCUUUAAGCUUCGACGCCAUUCGAUCCUGGCUCUGCUCUAAAUGGUUACGGGUGCGUAAGGACAACCUGACUAGCUGCAACAGUGGUGUGAACAUGGAGGAUGUGGACUGUGGUGCGGGUGGUUCGUCCUCGCUGAGCAACAACCGCCCGUCCUCCGUCACGUCCAACAGCCUGAGCCUCUACCAGCACAGAGCCAGGACGACACACAGCCGCAGACACCACAACACAGCCAGGAGAGAGUACCGCAGUCGGUCAGUGCAGCCUCAGAGUCAGCGUCCCCCCGUCAGCAGCCAAUCAGGACCCAUUCUGGAGUCAGGCUCCAACCACGGGCUUGUCCAGCGUCUGUCCAACAGUCAGCUGUCCUUUAACACUUCCAUAGCUUCUAUAUUCUCCCAGGUCCCCCGUCUCUCAGGAGCAGGUGGGAUCAGCUCGCAGCUCCAGGCAGCACAGCAUCAGCAGCGCUCCAGCCAGGUUUCCUCGUCUUCGUCCACUCUCAGCUUGCUGUUUGGGAAGCGUAGUUUCUCCAGUGGCCUGGUUAUCUCUGGGCUGUCUGCUGCUGAAGGGGGCAACACCACCGAUACACAGUCCUCGUCCAGCGUCAACAUCGCCAUGGGGCCCUCGCACAGGUCCAGCAGCAGAGCAACACAGUGGACAUCAGAGCCGUAUGAAAGUAUAGAUGCGACUUACUCCAACGCAGCAGCCAUCACGGUAAAAGACAGUGUGCAGUCAGGUGACCGAAGCUGCAGCCAGGGAUUAGACGAAACCCAGGAGGACUCAGCAUCUGUCUCAGAAGCUCCGGAGGUGACGGAUCAAAAGACUGUCUGAGAGAGAGCACACACACACACACACACACACACACACACACACACACACACAAACACAUAUGAGAGUGCCCAUACUCGUGCCCAUAUACAGAGAGGACUGUAUGAAAAGUUACACAUAUACACAAACAUACAGACGAUUGUAUGAGAGAGCACCCAUGCACACAAACCUGCCUCCUCUCCUGUCCUCAGCAUGUGGUCUCAUCUUGUUGUCUGAAUGUAAACAAGUCUGAAAACAUGAUCUUGG